ACAAAUAACCACAAUUUAUCUGUUUGAUCCCUAAACCAUAUUUGAAUCUCUUACUCUAUUGUGGACAAAUUUGUCACUGACCUCUGUAUUUUUAUUUUGAAUUAUAAAAGCAAAAGUGGUUUUUAUUGACUAGCCAUGUUUCCCCCCUUCUCAGACUGCUUAUCAAGGUAAAUACAAAGUAUUUCUUGAAAAGACAAAAAUUAAAUUGAACCAAAGACAAUUCUCCUGAUAUAUCUUCAUAGUAAUUUAUCAGCAGGUAAAUAUGUUGACAUCAGGAUUAGCUGAGAAGCCGCAGAGAGUGUGAUAGCCUACCAAGUGGAUCAUUCAAGGAAAAAAGUGCUUAUAAAAACUAUAUAAAUUGGUGGACACAACAGUAUGCGUCCUAAUGCUAACUGGCACCUGGUAGGAAGUGGCUGAAAGAGAAGGGUACAGCAAGGUGUGCGCAUUGACAUUGUGCUUGUUUAUAAAGCUUGUGCAAAUCAAACAUUCAGAGUGCAUCUGUUUCUUUCCGAUGAUAGGUAAACAGGAAAAAACAUCAAUGGGAGAAGGAAACCAAACUUCUCUGGCUGAAUUUAUCUUGCUGGGACUUUCACAGGAUCCAAAGAUCCAGAUCUUGCUGUUCUGUGUUUUCCUGAUUGUUUACCUUCUCUCUAUAUGUGGAAACCUACUCAUAAUAACCCUUAUCCAGACUGACUCUCGACUUCACACUCCCAUGUACUUUUUCCUCAAAAACUUGUCCUUUGCUGACCUCUGUUUCUCUACAAGCAUUGUUCCUCAGAUGUUGGUCCACUUCCUUGUAAAAAGGAAAACCAUUUCCUUUGCUGGAUGCUCACUACAGAUAGUCGUCUUCCUCCUAGCAGGGUGUACAGAGUGCACCCUGCUGGCGGUGAUGUCCUAUGACCGCUACGUGGCCGUCUGCAAGCCGCUGCACUACUCCACCAUCAUGACCCACAGGGUUUGUGUCCAGCUGGCCAUAGUGUCCUGGAUCAGUGGGGCGUUUGUAUGUUCAGUGGACAGUGCAUUCACACUGUGUCUCCCCUACCAGGGACAGAAUGUAAUUAAUCAUUAUUUUUGUGAACCUCCUGCACUCUUGAAGCUGGCUUCAGCAGACACCUACAAUGCUGAGAUGGCCCUCUUUUCAAUGGGUGUGAUUAUCCUCUUAGCACCUGUCUCCCUCAUCCUCGUCUCCUACUGGUAUAUCAUCUCCACUGUGAUUCGGAUGCAGUCAGAAGAGGGGAGGCUCAAGGUGUUCUCCACCUGUGGCUCCCAUCUCACUGUUGUGGUUCUCUACUAUGGCUCUGGAAUAUUUGCCUACAUGAGACCCAAUUCCAAGGCAAUGAAUGAAAAGGAUAAGGUCAUCUCUGUGUUCUACUCAGUGAUGACUUCCAUGUUGAACCCCAUCAUUUACAGCCUGAGGAACAAGGAUGUGAAGGGGGCUCUCAGGAAGCUGGCUGGAAGAUAACCCACCUUCAGAGGCAGUGAUUUCUGACAUUUUUCUUAAGCACUUGGAACAUUGUGACCACUGUAC